AUGGCCUUUUUGAAGCAAUUGAGCUGGCAAUAUACCAGUUCAAUUGCACGGCUCCCUCCCUCCUCCGACCCCCUCGAAACCCCCCUCGGGAGCCCUCGCGCGAGGCACAAACUCCCCCGCCUCCUAGCUGAACUCACUGCCCCUGUCGACGAUAGCGAGUUCCUCAACUUGGACAUUUUGUCCCGCGCCCUGGACGACUGGGCCGUCAAGGAGAAGUUCUCCUGGUGGCUCCAGAGGAGGGACAAAGACGGGGCAACCGCCGUUUGUCCUGAGGAGGGCUGUGCCUGGCGUGUCCGAGCCAGCCCUGACGACGAGCUUCCAUUGCUCAUUGUCGGGGCUGGCUCGGACACGCCAGGCACAUAUGAGAAUGGGGGGAGUUUCUAG